GCUACUAUACUUGUCGAGUUAACAACCCCUUUAUGUCGCACUUACAGCUACAUCAAUACGAGAGCAGUACAUAUAGUUGUCACAGACGAAAUUCCAGCGACUGAAAUUCAAAUAUAAACGGUAAAGUUCCCGGAGAAAGAAACAAAAUACCCAUUCAAAAACCACACAUGCUCCGCUUCCGCAAGUCCCUUUCGAGGUUCUUCCCCGGGCAACAUUCGCUCUCACUCCGUCGACUCCACGCAAGGUCCAGUCGUCGUUGCCAUCCCAAGAGCGACAACGAUGACAAUGACGAGAAGAUUCGGAGGAGACAGGAGAAACCAGAGUCGCAUAUGCAUCUAUACAAGAGCAGGGGCCAACACAUCCUCACCAACCCAAGAGUUCUCGACUCCAUUGUCCGAAAAUCACAUGUAAAGCCCACCGAUACAGUCCUGGAGAUCGGACCCGGUACUGGAAAUCUCACUCUGAGGCUUCUAGAAGCUGCCGGAAAGGUUGUCGCCGUUGAAAUUGAUAAGCGAAUGGUUGAGGUUCUCCACAAACGCGUAGCCGAGCAUGGAUAUAAAGAUCGACUCACUGUUAUAUGCAAAGAUGCAUUAAAGACCGAGUUUCCUCAAUUCGAUCUUGUGGUGGCCAACAUCCCGUAUGGGAUAUCUUCACCUCUCGUGGCUAAAUUAGCAUACGGGGCGAACCCAUUUAGGAGCGCCACGCUUCUCCUUCAGAAAGAGUUUGCUCGGAGACUGUUGGCUAAUCCUGGCGACUCAGAGUUCAACCGCUUGGCGGUAAAUGUGAAGCUGGUGGCUGAUGUAGAGUUCGUCAUGGAUGUCAGCAAAAGGGACUUUGUUCCGUGUCCAAAGGUCGACUCCUCCGUGGUUAUUAUCCGCCCCAAAGCCGAAGUUCCUGAUGUGAAUCUGGAUGAGUGGUGGGCUUUCAUAAGAACCUGUUUUGGUAAGAAAAAUAAGACGUUGGGUGCUACAUUUAAGCAGAAGAAGAAGGUAUUGGAUUUACUGAGGAUCUCCAGAACCCCCUUCUCAAAUGGUGAAAGUACCUCCAAUGACAGCAAUUAUGAUUGCAGCAAUAAUGCUUCUGCUGAUAAUGAUGAAGAAGUGGACAGCAGUGAAGAAGACAUGCCGAUGAAUGCUGUUUUCAGGAAGAAGAUCAUAGGAGUUUUGAACUCAGGUGGUUUUGAAGAUAAGAGGCCUUCAAAGCUGUCUAAUGAGGAGUUACUGCAUUUACUAGCAUUAUUUAAUCAAGCUGGAAUAUAUUUUCAUGAUCACUCAAUCUCUAGCCCUAGUGAUUCAGACAAUGUAGAACUUGCUGCAGCUUUGAGUUCAUAGCAAUGGCACCUUCUCAUUCUAUUAUUUAGUCAUUUUUGUUCU